GCGGUCCCCAAAAAGGGAUUUGGGGCGGCGAGCAUCCCGGUGACGAGUGGCGCCGUCCCCCCCCCCCACGCAGGUACGCGGGUGUACAGCCCGCCGGAGUGGAUCCGCUACCACCGGUACCACGGGCGCUCGGCGGCCGUGUGGUCCCUGGGGGUGCUGCUCUACGACAUGGUGUGCGGGGACAUCCCCUUCGAGCAGGACGAGGAGAUCCUGCAGGGCCAGGUGUACUUCAGGCAGCGGGUCUCUCCAGAGUGCCAGCACCUCAUCAGGUGGUGCUUGUCCCUGCGCCCCUCGGACAGACCGUCCUUCGAAGACAUCUUCAACCACUCCUGGAUGCAAAGCGUCCACCUCCCCCAGAAGGCGACGGAGAUCCACCUGCACAGUUUGCUCCAGGAGACGGGCAAAUAACAGCUCCCUGCCCCUCCUGGCCCCUAAGAAGCGAAGGACAGCGGACUUUUCCUCCUCGUGACCGUAGCCCCGGGUGGGGACCGUGGCACGGAGCACGCACAGCUCGCUCCGGAGCCCGGAGACUCGAUCCCACCGGAGCCGGUGGCCGCGCCCCAACCCGGCUGUCCCGGACUUGAACCGAAUGGUCCUGUCUCACUUGAUGUUUUGCCAGUAAAUUUUAUUUUUAUUUUUGGAUUUUUUUUAUUUUUUUUUUGUCUCUGGGGGCUCCCGCGAGUCUUCCUGGCCUGCUGAAUUUUGGGACUGCGAGAGGAUCGGAGCCCUGACCGCGAGAGAAGCUCCAACCGGGGGACCUGGGGGGAGGGCAGGGCAGUGCCGCGGCCGACUAGCUCUCUCCUUUGCCGUCACCGUCUUCGAGUGCCUUCAGUUGCAAUCCUGGCUGUGCUGGAGGAAAUACUUGAAUUUUCCUACACUGCUGCUUUUCCCGAGACUCGCCUGGGUGUAGAGCUACUUCUUCUCCCCGUGCAAAAGGAAACCGGGCGGAUGGAGCUGGGGAGCCGCGCGGGCCACGUCUCGCCUCCCGCGCCUCCGAAGCGUGCCGCCGUCUCCUGGGGACUUUCUUCCUUGGGCUCUCUGCUUCCCGUGCCCUCACGAAUGCACAAACAAUGCAACCCAACCGAGCUGUAAAUGUGUGUACAGUUAUACAGGAGCAAAGCUUGAUGUACAGUUGUUAAUAAUGGAAACAUUUUACCCCCCCCCCUUUUUUUUUUUUCCCCUUCCAGUUUUUGUUUUUAAUUUAUUUUCACGGAUUUGUUUUGGUUUUUUUUUGUUUUGUUUUGUUUAAAGGAAGCGUCCUAGCCACUAGGAUAACUUAUUUAUUUAUUUAUAACUCCCGUGGGUUUCCCGACCCAUGCCUUGCUUCUACAGCUGCUGAUCCCCGGGCUUCCCGCUGGGGUCUCCCCUCCGCGUCCGUCCCGGUGCCUGUUUCACCUCGUGCUUCCGUCGGAUGCCCGCCCGUGGCGUGGAGCAGCCGCCUGCGCGCGGCCCUGCUCCAAUCCGUGCCCUGCCCGUUGGGCUUGGCAGAGGAUUUUUGCCGUUCCCCACGGGUACCUGGGGGGGACCCGGUGCGUGCCGCAGCGGGGGCCGUCCGCGCUGUCGAGUCUGUCCGUGUAAGCAGUGUGUAGCCGGCGGGUUUUUGUGAAUAGGUGAUGUUGUACAGGGGAAUUCAGAAAUCCUAUUUUUUUUAUACAUGCGGUUUUAAAAUAAAAAAAAAAUCACU